ACCCUCUGCCCAGCGCGAAACUCUGUAUUUCCUCGUUUCUCAACUGCCCAACCAAAGAUCAAACAAUGCCGCCAAGGAAGCAGCAGCAGCGGAAGGGUAGUGAGAAAGCCCGCUCAAAAUCCAAGGGCCAUGCGUCGGUCUCGAAAUCUGCUCCAAAAUUGCAGAUAUCGGCCGAGAAUGAGCGCCUCCUUCGUCGCCUCCUUCUCAACACUGAGAAGCCGGAGUCAGACAUUGAGCCGACGGCGCUCCCCAUCUCUGCCCUCGACACCGUUGGAACCCGGGCUCAAAAGGCGAAAAGGCUCCGCGGCAUCUAUGACAAGCUAUCUCUCGAGGGUUUCACGUCCGAUCAAAUCGAGCAGGCCCUCUCUGCCCUCAACGAGGCAGCCACGUUCGAGAUUGCCUUGGACUGGCUGUGUUUGAAUAUACCUGGAAAUGAGCUGCCUCUGAAGUUUUCUAGCGGGACAGCUUCUUCCACAAAUGAAGGAGAUAGGUCGGUUAGAAUCAUCUCCACUGCACGAACAAAUCUGGUUCCUACUAAGCGUGUUAUAGAGGAAAUGAAAGAGGGCUCUUCUGGAAUUUCUGUUCGGUUAAAAGGACAACCUGAUGAGGUAUCUUUGGAUUUCGGAAAGUCAUCACAAGCUGAAUGGAUUCGACAAUAUUUGGAGCAACAGGAAGAGGAAGAAGAAGAUGAAUUUAAUGAAAAAGAAAAGGACGUUGAUCCAAGUUCUUAUGCUGUUUCCGUUACGAAAGAGUACCGUCUGGCAAGGCUGGGAGCCUUAGAAGCAAAGCAAAAGGGAGACAGGGCUAGUCAGAAACACUAUAGUGAAGUCAUCAACAAACUUAAGCAAGAAUUCACUUCCCUAGGACUAUCAGAAAAUGAUGUAGAAUCUGAUUUGAAAAGUGAAAUUAAUAAUUUAAAGGUGCCGUGUGAUCCCCCACAAGGUCAAGUGCUUGAGUCAAAGCUGCCAGAUGUUGUCAAGUUUGACAGCAAAGAUGCAGUGAGUGCAUUUAUAGUUGAUUCCUGCACUUUGGAAGAACCUAGUCAUGCUACUGGUAGUUCAGUCCUUACUAUUACAGAGGAAUGUGAACAGAAAGAGGAGCCUGAAGAGUUGGAACUUGAUAAUCUAUUUUCUGAAGAUUCAACUUCCAGUGGAACUGUCCCUUCUGAAGCCCUGAAACAACAAAAAAAAGAUAAUUUGUUACACUCUGCAUAUGUCCAUAUGUUAGGGAACUUAGAUGAAAUAUGGAAAAAGGGUGAUUCGGGACGCAUUCCCAAGGCCGUUCUUCAGAAGUUUUGUCAGAGGCUACAUUGGGAAGCACCCAAGUACAACAAGGUAUCAACAAAAGAAGAUAAAUUUCUUUAUUCUGUUAGUGUGUUGCGGACAGCUAGCGGGCGUGGAAAGAGCCGGACAGUUGGAGGUUUGAUAACCUUUCAUCUUCCUAACCAAGAUGAAGGCUUUGAAUCAACUGAGGAGGCACAAAAUAAAGUAGCAGCCUUUGCUCUUUAUCAAUUGUUUCCCGAUCUUCCAUUUAACCAGCUUCUUAUAGAGCCAUAUGCUUCGUUUAUGACAAAACGGCUGGAAGAAGAUGAAUUUUCAGCGAAAGUACAAGACAAUGAGGAUUACCGUAGAACAGGAUUUGUGGAUUCUCUAUUGGCUGCUGGGGUUUCUCGAGCACCAGUUUUCAAAGAUGCUAAAGAUGAAUAUGUCUGUAGUGAGAUGCUUGUUGAUCCUCUAAGAAGAGAUGAUGAACAAAAUUUGUUAAUUAACGGAGCAGCAAAAUUGCCAUAUUUGAAUGGUUUAACAUAUCAUGAACAGCUGGAGAGCAACCUUUUGAAAGAGGAGCUGCAGAAUAAAAUGAAGAAUCCUAAAUACAUGACAAUGCUGGAGAGUAGAGCAGCUCUUCCUAUAGCUAAGCUAAAGGAUACUAUUUUACAACAGCUCCAUGACAAUGAUGUGAUCGUUGUUUCUGGGGAAACAGGUUCUGGUAAAACAACUCAGGUUCCUCAGUUUAUUUUGGAUGACAUGAUCAAAUCAGGAUUGGGUGGUUCUUGUAAUAUCAUAUGCACACAACCUAGGAGAAUUGCGGCCAUGUCAGUGGCUAAAAGAGUGUCUGAUGAACGAUGUGAGUCUUGUCUAGGUGGUGAAGGGUCAUUAGUUGGCUAUCAGGUUCGCCUUGAUAGUGUCAGGUAAAAUUUGCUAUGAAUGAUGUAUCAUU